ACCUCUCGCAUCUUCCUCAAACCCUGUCUCCCCUGCAUCUUCCUCUGCUCGGGCCAAAAACCCUGUCUGCAACCAUCCUCGCCGCCACGAGAGGCUCGAUGCUGACGCUAGUCCGUCGGACGCGAAACUCGUCCGUCUCGAAGCUCAGGUUCCUCGUCUCCCCGCCUCUCCCUUCUUCCCAAUCCCUCCCCUCCCCGAUCCUUCGAUGCCCCAACAACGCCGCCUCCGCCGUCUCCUUCGCGUCCCUGCCCGCGGCGAGACAGGCGCCGAAGCCGCCGCCUCCGUCUCCGCCCCUGCCCCUGACCCGGGAGGGGAAUUACGAUGAAGCCGCUCCCGGCCACGCCGUCUGCCCCGGCUGCGGCGUCCACAUGCAGGACGCCAGCCCCAAGCACCCCGGGUACUUCACGAGGCCCUCCCCCAAGACCCCGCAUUACCGCCUGCUCGAUGCCCACCUCGCGCCCGUCGCUCCCGAGCCCGAGUUCUCGGAUUCCCUGAAAAGGGGCUUCGCCGUCGAGGACGAGAGCGGCGGCGGCGGCGGCGGCCGCCCCGGUUCGGACGAUAAGCCGGUGGUCUGCGCGCGGUGCCACUCGCUGAGGCACUACGGGAAGGUGAAAGACCCGACCGUCGAGAACCUGUUGCCGGAUUUCGACUUCGAUCACACGGUCGGGAGGAAGCUGGCUUCGGCGACGGGGACGCGGUCGGUGGUGUUGAUGGUGGUGGACGCGGCCGAUUUCGACGGGUCGUUCCCGAAGAAGGUGGCGAAGCUGGUUUCCAUGACGAUUGAGGAGAAUUCGACUGCUUGGAAGGAGAAGAAAUCGGGGAAUGUGCCUAGAGUAGUUUUGGUGGUGACGAAGAUUGAUUUGUUGCCCAGCAGCAUAUCGCCCACUGGGUUCGAGCAUUGGGUGAGGCAGAGGGCGAGGGAAAAUGGGGUGAUCAAAAUCACGAGUUUGCAUAUGGUGAGCGCAGUGAGGAAUUGGGGGUUGAAGAAUCUUGUGGAUGAUGUCAUUGCUCUGGCUGGGCCUAGAGGGAAUGUCUGGGCAAUCGGCGCACAAAAUGCGGGCAAGAGUACUUUGAUUAAUGCGAUCGGGAAGCAUGUUGAAGAAGGCAAAGUUACCCACUUGACAGAGGCGCCGGUGCCUGGUACCACGCUGGGAAUAAUUAGGGUCGAGGGAAUUUUGCCUGGUAAGGCCAAGCUGUUUGAUACACCAGGGCUUUUGAAUCCGCAUCAGAUCACGACGAGGCUGACCAGGGAAGAGCAGAAGCUUGUAUAUGUCAGUAAGGAGCUCAGGCCAAGGACUUACAGAAUUAAGGCAGGUCAUUCGAUUCAUAUUGCUGGGCUCAUGAGGCUGGACAUUGAAGAAUCAUCUGUAGAUUCAGUUUAUGUUACUGUAUGGGCAUCUCCCUAUCUCCCAUUGCACAUGGGGAAAACAGAAAAUGCACAUACAAUGGUAGAAGACCAUUUUGGUCGUCAAUUGCAGCCACCAAUUGGUGAAAAACGAGUGGAAGAGCUUGGACAAUGGGUGAGAAGGGAAUUUCGUGUAAGUGGUAACAGCUGGGAUGCAAGUUCUGUGGAUGUUGCAGCAGCUGGUCUUGGGUGGUUUGCCAUUGGUUUAAAAGGAGAGGCACUCUUAGGGGUUUGGACAUACAACAGAGUCGAUGUCAUCCUCCGCAACUCACUAAUUCCCCAUAGAUCCCAGAUAUUUGAGGUUGCGGGAUUUACGGUUUCCAAAAUUGUCUCAAAAGCGGACCAGGCUAUGAAUAAGUCAAAGCGCCAGAGUGAAAGAAAGUGAAACCAAGUGAUCCCGAAAAAGCUGUACCUGUUAAGUUAUCGUCAUUGACCUCCGACACAAACUCAAAUGCUGACGGUAGCUUAGUGUGACAAGAAAUUUUUUCAAAAAAUUUUGGAAGACCAGUUGGGAGUACUUGAUGGGACUUGGGUCUUCAAGCAGGGACAUGUGCUCAAGCAGCCAAGGAAGACUCGGGUGAUCAGAGUUCAGUUGUAUCUUUUCACUAGAAGUGGCAUUUGUGGUGGAAUAGAAGCCAUUUUUGCAGAGAAUUUACAUCAACAGAAUAGAGGAAUACUCUGUUCCGGCAGACACAUUGUGCCUCCUAACUUGUUGGCUAAAAUAACCUGCCGGUGGAAUCUAUGCAUUAAGUUAAUGGCCAACUGCUGGUAAGAUUGAUGCUUUAACCUGAAGUUGUGACCUUAGUCCGGGACAAGAAGCCAGGGCCAUCUGAUCUAGCAGCAAAGGUGCACUUCUGAUACAUCUGUUUCGUUUCAAAGACUUGUGUGACAGAAAUCAAAUAGUACAUUUAGAAGCACGAUCUUCUUCUUUGUUCCAUUUGGUGGACUGACCAUGAGAUUCUGUUUAUCAGGAAACCUUUUCUUUUCUUCUCCGGAUGCUUGGUUGUAGCUGAUUCGGUUUUGUUUGAUCAGCCCACCAAUCGAAACGGAUUAG